UGACGUCACCGGGCGGGGAAUAUGUGUCGGGCGUUGUCAUUGGAUGGUUGCUGCCUCCGUCGUGGAAGCCGCGUUGCUUAUGUGGAAGGUGCUGCUGAGAGUCUGGGCCACCAUGACAACAGCAUUCAGCAGUGAUGGAGCAGAGGUGAUUCAAAGGGCCCUGAUUCCUGGAGAGACUGGUGGACGCUCCUCAACUGUAACACUGGAAGAUUUCUAUGAAUUGAAGAAAGCGAUUGCAUUUGUAGCUGAUAAUGGCUUCACCAAGGUUGCUCUUCAGUUCCCUGAUAAACUCUUAUCAGAUUCAGGUGAUGUUGCUGCCAAGAUAGAAGCAGCAAGUGGUGCCAAAAUGUACAUCCUGGGGGACACAUCAUAUGGCAGCUGUUGCGUGGAUGAGGUAGCAGCAGAGCAUGUAGGUGCUGAGGCUGUGGUGCACUAUGGUCCUGCCUGUUUGAGUCCUUGCCGCAAACUACCAGUGCUACAUGUGUUUGGCCGCGAGCAGCUGGAUGCCAUAUGCUGUGCUGAAGCUUUCCAGGAACUGCAUCCUGACCACCAAACUCAUGUAGUUGUGCUGACUGAAGUGGCCUAUUCCCAUGCUGUUGAUGACCUGGCUUCCAAGCUGCAACCCUUUUAUCCUAAUGUAGUCUUCUCCCAACUGGACAGCAAAGAACCUAUUAAUUCAACCCAGCCAGUUUCUGGGUUGGUGAAGCAGUUUGGCCGGUGUUUUGAAAUAGACAAAGAGCUUGGUCUUGAAAAAUACAGCAUGUUCUAUGUGGGCAGUGAAGGACCAGAACUCACAAACUUCAUGUUGAGCUGGAACCAGUGCUCAUUCAGUUCCUUUAAUCCUAAAACAGGACAGGGCCGAUGGGAAACACUGGAUGUGAACCGAGCCCUGCGAAGGCACCUCUAUCUGGUGGAGCGGGCACGAGAUGCCCAAGUUGUAGGUAUUGUGGUGGGCACUCUUGGUGUGGCUGACUAUUUGUCGGUUCUGGAGCAUUUACGUGGCAUCAUUCACAAGGCAGGCAAACGUGCCUACACUCUGGCUGUGGGGAAACCUAAUCCUGCAAAGCUGGCAAACUUUCUAGAAAUAGAUAUAUUUGUCUUGGUGGCCUGCCCACAAAAUUCCUUGCUUGACUCCAGUGACUUCUACCGGCCCCUCAUUACUCCUUAUGAGAUGGAACUAGCAUGUAAUCCAGCACGGAUUUGGACAAGCAGCUAUGUCACUGACUUCCGUCACCUCCUACCAGGAGCAUGUGACCACACUCCUUUCCCAGAUAAGGUGUCAGAGAAGGACAGUGAACCCACCAUUUCACUAAUCACUGGAGAGCUGCGCUCAUUUCAUCUCUACACAGUGCCAGACCAAGAGCUGAGCUCUGAUACUGCUGUGACCUGCCGUAGCCAUUUCCAGGCUCUGGCUGAAAUCAGCCCAGCAGCUUCAUUUCUGGAGUCACGCAGCUGGCGGGGACUGGAGCAACAGUUGGGCCAGACAGCAGUCGCAAAAGCUGUAGUGGGACGGCGGGGGAUUGCUAUUGGCUAUGAAGAUGAACCUUGUGGAAAAUGGACACAGAAUGAAAGAGAAUAUGGGACUGAGAAGAAGCUGCCUUCCUUUGUCGAGUCUAAGGAGAAUAGCUGAACAUCACUUUUCUUGCACCAUCCUGCCUCUCUCCUUCCUCCCUGGACUGAACCAGCAUGGCAAGAGUUGUCAUGCUUGUUAUGAUCUACCCUACCAUUUCUCUGCACUGAACAAUGUCUCAGAUUUUUUGCUGAGAUGCAUGAAUUCGGUUUCCCCAAAGCUAUGUUCUUCUGGUAAGUUUUCCUAUCUUGGGAAGCUAAGUAGAACCAUUCUCCUUGUUUUGAAAUCAGUUGCACUGACUUUGAUUCAAAUACAUAAAGCUAUUAUAGGAAUAGUAGCAGCUGCUUGGGCCUAUUGUGGAAGUAGCUCCUAACUGUUUGUCUGUGGUUUGGGUCACAAAGGGGCAAGCUUAGAGUAUUCUUUAAGAAGCAAUAGGCAAGGAGGAGGAUUAAAAAUACUGAAAAUGCAAGGAAAGAUUCACCUAUAUUGGACGCACAACUGUUUAGUUUGUCUUAACCACAGUGUAUCAAGAUCCUAAUUUAGUAGCCACUUAAUUUGAAGUAGAAGAGUUGUUCAAGAGCAAAUUAUGAAAGACCUCUUUGAAGUCUGAAAUUCCUAGCAAAAAUUAUGAAAUUUAUUUAAGUGGCGAUCUAUCCAUCUAUAUUAGAAAAACCUUGACUAAUAAAUACGUUGCCAUGAGUUAGAUCACACAGCAGAAUGGAGUAGAAAGUUUCAUUAUACAUAGCAAUAGAGAACAGACCUUCACUUAUUCCAAAAGAAGAAGUUUAGCUGAUGGCUUUUAAAGUGCCUUGACAAUGAGAUAGAACUAGAAAUGGAAGAAUUUGGGGGGACUGAGCUAAUGACAAAUAGAAAUUGAGUUGAGGAGUAGUCUUUAUAAUCAUGCUCUCAAGAUCUACAACUCUGUGAACAACUUCUGGUUAUGUGCUUUGAUAUCCUUGAUACACAAUGGGCACAGGAAAUUUUUAAAAGGAAAGACUUAUCUGUGCCCAAGAAAUUUAAGUUUCUGGCCCAGGGCAGAAGAUGAGAUGAUAGCACAUGCCAAUUGAAUGUUCAGAGAUGUACAUAUUUUCAAACAUAAGGCUCAGUAGCUAUUUUGCUUGACCCAAAAAUGAAUAUGUUCCCCAUAGGGUCACCAUAAAUUGGAAACAACUUGAUGGCAAAAAGCAAACAAACACAAAAUCUAUUUUGCUUGACUCAAGAAUGAAAAUAUUAACAUACAUGCAAUGCUGUGUAUUAGGGAGAAACAACCAUCCAGGUUCCAGCAGAAGAGGAAGUUCCAGCAACAGUUGUUACCUCAUUGUGCAAAUAUCUCCAUCUAAUCAAAAAUGAACAGAACAGACGUUUAGGUACAAGAUGCAAGCACUAAGUAUAGGAUGUUUUUACCCAGUCAGGAAACACCAUACCUUCUAUAUAUCUGGCAACUCUUUUGUUUUAAAUAUUUUAAAAUUUAAAACAAAAAUUAGAUUUUUCUUUGCUUGUAGAAUUUGCUAUGCCAAAUAAAGUUAUCUUUGAAGUCAGAAUCUCCUUUCAUCUGGAAACAUCUUUCUUAUUCAACCUAGGCCAUGUCUCUUAAUGAGUAGGGAAGGACCUCUCCAGGAAGUAUAAUACAAACAGAUUCUGUAAUUGGCUUGAUUGGCUAGAGGUCUGUGAUGCCAUGAACUUUUGGUGUAAAAUGUUGUUUAAUUUACUAUAUGUUAAGAUCAUUUGUUUAAGUAUGCACUGCAUAUAAGAUAAGGAGCUGUUGGGAAGAGGUGAGAAUGGAAUGUUGACAGUGGAGGAAUAUCUGAGGGGAUUGAAUAAGGUUAAUAAAUGAUAAGAUGACAGAGUUGAUUUAGGUAGAGUAGUUGGGGGAGUAGUUAGAGAAAAGAGUGAGCAAAGUUGAGUGAGUCAGGUUUAGGAAUUAAUAUGUGGUGUUUUAAGAGUCUCAGCAAGGAAUGGAGUGUGUGUGAGGAAGUGUACGUUGUGUUCUAAAUGUAUUAAAUAAUCUGCUGUGUUCAACUUCUGUUAAUAAAUUGUUAUGUUUUUA